AUGUUGGUUUAUCAGGAUCUUCUUUCUGUAUUCAUCUACUUUCUUCUACAAUAUAACUGCGACGAGCUUCUUUCCGACUCAUUCCCCUAUAAGGAAGUCGAGAAUGGCAUGCUGUGGGAAGUAGAAGGAAGGGCCAACCCUUCUGCAGAAGGUGCGGAUGCAGAUGAAGGCGUUGAUGAUCAAGCUGUCAAGGUCGUCGACACCUUCAGGCUUCGGGAGCAACCUGCUUAUGACAAGAAUCAAUUUGUUGCAUAUGUGAAGAAAUAUAUCAAGAACUUGACACCUAAAUUGGAUUCAGAGAAGCAAGAAUUAUUCAAGAAGCACAUUGAGGGAGCUACUAAGUUUCUUCUUCCCAAGCUUUCAUAA